AAUGAUUAAAAAUAUAUAUGUUCAGAAAGUUUCGUUACAAUAUUUUUAUAUUUUUCAAAUUUUUAUUACAGAUACAUUUAUUUAUGAAUUAUCUCUAAACUAUUAUUUUUGCUAGUUAACAGUAAUCGUUGAUCAUUUACAUUUUAUAUGACAUCGAUAGCGCAAUAAGAUAGUAUUAAAUUAGAAAAUUGUAAAGGAAAUAUUGUAAUAACUGUAAGAUAGUGUUUCAAAUAUAAUCCACGAAUAAAAUAUUUAAAGAUACAAAAAACUACGUAUAACAACAAUAGUAACAAAGUGUUUUAGCUUGUCUUGACGGUUAUAUGAAUAUAGCUCUUGAACAAACAGAAGAAUAUGUAAAUGGUCAAUUGAAAGAUAAAUAUGGUGAUGCAUUUAUUCGUGAUGAUGUUGAUGGAUCAAUUCUUCUUACAAUAUUUUCUCCUUUAUUUUGAUCAUUUUCUGAGUCUGAAUUUUUCUGUGUAUUAUUUUGAUCUCCAUCAGACUCUUGAUUUUCAUAUUCAGCUACUAUGUCAUGUUCAUUCUCAUCAUAAUCAGAGGUAUUCGACAAUGUCGUCAUAUUCAACAAGUUGUACCCCCACUUCUUUGUAUAUGUAUGUACGAAAUAUUAAUUUUUUAUUUAAUGCUUUAAAACUUAGAGAGUCUUUCAAUAUAAUUAAUAUCAGAAAUACAAGAAAUUUUUUAUUUCUUUUUCUGUCAAACAAUAUUCAUUCCUCAGUAAUUGUACAACUUCAACCGAUUUGUGAUAGGUUAUGUUUUGUAAUGCACAUAUUUACAUUUUACUUAAAAUUCACUAUCAUCUUGAGAAUCACAACUAGUAUUUCCCUUGUCCAUAAAUUUAUCGAAUUCGUCACUCGAUUUAUUCAUUCUUUCUAAAAGAGACACUAAUAAUUUCUUAUUUAAUCUAUCGGUCUGCGUUAUUUCCCGCACAACGGGCAAAUUUGCAACCGGAGGACGUUCCGUUAUUUGCAGUUUUUGUAAUGUAUCGUUCUCUUCCUUUAUCGGUGUUCCUGGCAUUUUAUACUAUUUGAUUAAAGUACCACGAUUCACAGUUACAAUUUUGAUUUUGUUGGUAAUAAUAUAUGGUCAGUAAUAAUAAUCUUCCGUGCAAAUCCUUUAACCUAUAUUGUACGUAUGUAUGGAUAUGUUAUCUUCUGCGCAUGUAGAUAACUUAGAGAAUUUUAUACGCGCCUACAUAUUAUCAUUUUAAACAGUUUAUUCGAGUAUCAUUUGUUUGUAUUUUCCUUAAAUUAAUUUAACUGUUGUACUUCUGUAUCAAUUUGUUCAAUAAAUCUAAAAUCAACACGUUCUAUCUAUAAGAUAAUUGAUGAUAAAAAUCGUUAUGUUUAGACAUAAAAAAUCAAUGUUUUAAUGUGUCUUCAAAUUGAUUUGAAAUUUAGAAACAAUCACACAAAUUGUUUAAAAUAAAACCUAAAAUAAAAAAAAAUAAAAUAUUUUCAUUCGUCAGAAACAGCAAAUUACGAAAAAGUUUUUCAAAUCCAUAA